UCAUGCUUGUAUUCCAAUUGCAGUUGCAGAAUCCCCAAUCGGAAAUGGGUGCGCCCCCCAUCAUAGAUUUCGAUGAGCUCCAAUCGGAGCUUCUGCCGGCGUCGGAGGAAUGGGGGUGCUUCCGCCUGACCAACCACCCAAUUCCGGCGGCGUUAAUGGCGGAGAUGAAGGCCACAGUGAGAUGCCUUCUGGAUCUCCCGCCGGAAAUUAAGGCGAGGAACAAAGAUGUCAUCGCCGGCAGCGGCUACGUCCCGCCGGGAAAAGCUAAUCCGCUGUACGAAGCGCUGGGGCUUUACGACGUCGGAUCUCCUCAAGCUCUUCAUCACUUCUGCUCUCAGCUCCAUCUCUCUCCCAAUCAAAGAGAGAUUAUCCAAAAGUACUCGGAAGCCAUUCAAGAGCUAGCCAUUGAGAUAGGUCAAAAACUUUGCAAAAGUUUAGGUUUAAAUCUGGAUUUAUGCAAAGAAUGGACAUGCCAAUUUAGAAUCAACAAGUAUAAUUUUACGCGCGAAAGCGUCGGCUUAACCGGAGUUCAAAUUCACACGGAUUCGGGCUUUCUAACAAUCCUACAAGACGAUGAAUGUGUCGGCGGCCUAGAGGUGAUGGACGAGCGAUCCGGAGAAUUUAUAGCCGUGGAUCCCUUGCCAGGGUCGCUUGUAGUAAAUUUUGGCGAUACUGCAAAAGCUUGGAGCAAUGGAAGAUUGUGCAAUGUUAAGCACCGCGUGCAAUGUAGAGAACCGACGACAAGAAUUUCAAUAGCAUUGUUUGUUUUAGGACCCAAGGAAGGGAGAGUCGAAGCCCCGGUUGAACUAGUGGAUGUAGAGCGCGGCCGGCUCUUUUGCCCUUUCACGGUGGAAGAUUAUCGCAAGCUAAGGCUCUCGACGGGGUUGCGAGCCGGGGAAGCUUUGGAGUUGUUGCGGAAAGAAUCAUCUAGCGAGUGAAAUCAUCGUUGAAAAAAUAAUGUAAUAUUACACGAGUUUAAAUAUAUUUUAAUUAUUAUUUGACGCCA